AUGGAUCUUCAGAGCGAUGCUUCCUUAGAGACAAUGGCAUUAUCUGCGCCAUCCUCAGGGGCUGCAACAGCAGGCCCAUUGUUGACACUACCACCACUACCACUACCACGAACACCAGUUGUGCUGAGGGGUUUCACAAAACAGAUUGCACAGGGAGUAGUGGAGGAAAAGUUUCUGUGUGAACAUUGUAAACUAAUAUUGAGGCAUCCCAUGCAGAGUAGGUGUGGCCACAGAUUUUGUCGGUCUUGCAGAGAUGAGUUAAUCAGCCAGAACCAGCCAAUCAGAUGUCAAGCAUGCCUCACAGAAGGAGCUACAGAAGAAGAGAGUUUGCUAGAGUUGGAAUCUAUGUUUGAUGACAAAGCUGCGAUAAGAGAAAUGAAAAAGAUUCCAGUGAAGUGCGUCAAUCAGGGAUGUCAAUGGAAGGGAACUUUUCUGGAUUACUCUACAACUCAUGAAUUUGGCUGUGAUAAGAAACUAGUGGAAUGCAGUCUGUGUGGUGUUCCUGUGUCCCAAGCCCGUAUAACACACCAUGAGACAAAACAGUGUCCGAAGCGUAACAUCAGCUGUCAACAUUGUAAGGAGCCUAUGGUUUCAGAACAGCUGGAGAAACAUCUUCAAGCCCAUUGUCCCAAUUUACCCAUAAAAUGUGACAAGUGUUCCAAGCAGAUUACAAGAUGUGAGUUAAAAACCCACAAAGAUGAGGAGUGUCCCUUUCGUAUUGUUGAGUGUCCUGUGCCAGACUGCAAUACCAAACUUCCUUUUGACCAGUUUCCUAACCAUUUGAUGAAGACACAACAAAGCACCCAGAAACAUCUGCUCUUCCUCUUUGAUAAGAUUGAGCAGCUAGAGAAAACCAUCAGCCAGAUGGAGGCUGAGGCUGCAGGAGCAGUAGGAGGUGCUUCUGGAGGGGCAGCCCAUGGAGCGGCACUCGGCCAAUUUGGAAGUUCAGCUACUGGUGGUGAUCUGGUCACUGGUGCUGAAGCCAGUGCAGUGGCAACAGACGCAGAUAGGCAGAAGCUGAAGCUGCACGAGGACCUCAUGGCUGUGCUGCAUGGAGAGAUCCUGAGGUGCAUUAAACAAGUGGAGUCCCUGGAUGCCCGGUUCAUGAGGGAGGACAGAUAUUUUAAAGAUGCAUACAGAAAAAUUGAAAAUUUAGAGAGAUCCAUUGCUGGCAUGGAGGACAAAUUGCAGGAUGUAAUAAGAAAACAAAAUGAAACAGAUUUGCGGAGACAACUAUCAGCAACAGGUGCUUUGUCAGAUCCCAAAGAGCAUGGGAUCUUGUCGGAGUCCCCUGACGGCACAGUCACCUGGAGGAUAGACAAGUUUACACAAGUCAGGCGUGCUGCUUGCAAUGGACUGCAAGCGUACAUCAGUUCUCCAGCGUUUUUUGCAGGGCCUUUUGGCUAUAAAAUGAAAAUUCGGUUCUAUGCUGAUGGGGACGGCACCGCCAAAGGCAAGGCCUUCUCAUUAUUCAUUCAACUACAGAGGGGUCCUUACGAUGACCUCUUACUCUGGCCUUUUACCGGAAAGAUUUACUUCAUGAUUCUAGACCUGAAAGACUUCAAAGAACACAAGCUGGUCAGCUUCAGUGCCUUACCUGACCAGCCAGCUUUUGAGAGACCCCAAGGGGAAAAUACUUCUUCAGGGUGCCUGGAGUUUGUCAACCUUAAGGAGUUUAGUGACAAUUUGGACAAAUAUCUUGUCAAUGAUACCAUUUUCAUCAAGGCUUAUGUGUCUUUGCCUGACGCCGUACAAUCUAGAUUGCAGAGUUUUGAUCUAAAGAAACUGAUUUCUGCUAGAAGAUAA